AUGGCGAACAUAUUUUCAGGAAGUCAAGGAGUUGUAGUCCAAAAUUCGAGCUUUCAUGUCAACGCAGCGUAUCAGACGAGCGGUAGCAGAGCGUUCGAGACGCUCGGCGAAAUCGACACGGACGCCUUCAUCUUGUGGCUCUACGGCCCCGCAGGAGCAGGGAAGUCGGCCAUCGCUCGCACAGACAGAUCCUCGACGGAAUACCAUGAGCCUGUGGUCGCCAGCAUUGCCUAUCGAAUCGCCCUCACGAUUCCUCCUUCGCGAGCGCUUAUCGAAUCCGUCAUCGACUCCGACCCUCUCCGUCUUUUCAACCUAGGCUAUUUCUCGCAGAACCCAUUUCUAUCCUUGAUCAUCGUCGAUGGUCUUGAUGAAUGUCAGGACGAAGACGCGCAAGCCACGUUUAUACGAACCCUCUCCUCCACGAUCCGGCGGUACAGCGCCCCUCUGAAGUUCCUCAUCGUUUCCCGUCCGGAAAAGCGAAUCAGGUUCGCUUUCAACCGUAUCACCCCUCCAUCAAUAGCUUCGCAUCUAGAACUGAACAACGACUUCAAUCCCGACGAUGAUAUUCGCCACUUUCUCGAAGACAAGUUUGGCGAGAAAUUAGGCAGUCGCACCCGUUCCAUGAGCUCCUUCCAGCUUCAUGGCCCAGCACAGAGCAAGUGGACACCCUGGUUGAGAAGGCAUCCGCGAUUGGACAUUGUUCUCGAGCUAAGACCACCGGACCGGGAUCUUCCCUUCGCCGAACUAGAUAACCUCUACCAUCAUAUUCUCUCCCGCGUCGAUGACCUCCCCUUGGUUUUGAAAAUCCUGGAAAUACGAAUUGCUUUGGAUGUCGGAGCAUUAUCUCCUCAUCUUGACAUUAUAAGUCACGUUCUGUCCUUGGAGGAUGGCGCUCUUUUGGUUGCUCUCAGUGAUCUCCGCUCAGUUCUUGCCUUCAACGAUUGGGAAAUGUUGAACCGAGAUGGAGUCCUUCAGAUCAUCACGUUCUAUCACUCCUCCUUCGCGGAUUAUCUCGUCAACCGACAACGUUCUGGAGCUUAUUGUGUUGAUGUCCGCGCAGGCCAUACGAAAAUCUUGCAGACCGAGCUUAGAAGGUUUAACGUUAAUUCUCCGUUACGCACAAAGAGUGAGGAUUGGAAAACCUUGAGAGGGAUCUAG